UUUAACUAUGCAUUAACGAAACAACGUAGCUAUUUUACUGGUCACAAAAUAAUAAAUAGUUCUUGGUAUACUAUUUGUAGCUUGUAGUUGAUGGMRAAAAAUUGAAGGUUUUCCAUCAUUCCUUAUAAUUUUUUUACAAUUACCGAGUUGAUUUAGAGCAAAAACGUCUCUUUAGGAAGUGUUAGGAACCAAUUAGUCCACCUAUAAUGACUUUAAUGGAUUAGCACUGUAAUAAAUCCUGGGUUUUAUUGACUUGACAGUCGACCGUGACUCAUCCUUUGUUUACCAUUCAAACCGGACUUAGUGAAUGCAAAUCACUKUUCCGUUGGCAACACCGAUGUGUUACUAUGGAUAGAAUAUGGACCCCUCUCUUGCAGUCAGACAUAUCUAAUAGUUAAUAAGGAUAAUGUCCACAUAUACGGACAUUCCUUCGUCUUUUGCUAGCCUUCUUCAUAACAUUGGGAAAGAUCUUGAUGAUGAUCGGGUGCGAUACAUGAAAUAUUUGCUACAAGGACACAUCAACAAAGAAACAUUACAACAUCUCGGAGACUCUGGACUUGACCUGGUCGAAAUCCUGCAAAAACGUGGCUUGGUCUCUGAAAAGCGACUUGCAUUUCUGCGAAAGCUUCUUGUUGAAGUGAAGUGUUUGAAACUUGUGAAUUUACUAGAUGAGUUCAAGGAGAAGUUGUCUCCUGGUAUUAACUUUGCUGAUCAAGGACAUGAAAAAGGAAGAAAUGAGAGACGGAAUGAUAAGAGAGAAGCAUUACUACGAAUGAUGGACCGACUUGAGAAGGAAAUAAGAUCCAUAGAAGAUAGCGAAACAGAGUCGACCAGCGAAAUAAAGCAAUUCGAGACUCAGAUGCAAACAUUGCAACAGAGACUUGCUAGCGAAGAAGACGAAAUCACUAAACUGAAGCAGCAAAUCAAAGAAAACCAAAGCCAAAUUGAAUCAUUUGAGCGUAAACUGGAAAGUGUACGUUUCUUUUUAAAGAAACACGAAGUUGAUCUCGACAAAAUUAAACAAAAGCUCGAAGUUAGUAAAAACAGUGCGGGUAUCAAGAUGGAAUUGAAAGAAAAAAUGAAUGAAUAUGAAACUGAGAAGAAAGGUGAAGAUGAAUUGGUCGCCAAAUACCAGAAGACACUGGACGAAAUUAGAUCGAUCCAUGUUGAAAUUCGUCAUCGUACCGAGGAAAUCAUAAGACUUGAAGACUGUAUUCACGAUUUAGUGUUACAAAUACGGAUAGUUAAACAUACUGUACACAAGAACCACCGUAUAAAGAUGGAAUUUCAAGAGAAACUCGACAAUACGGCUGUCGAUUUAGCAGACACUGACCGUCAAAAACCCAUGACACCUGGAUGGACGUCGAGGUCGCGCAGUCGAUUAACAGCGAAGUCUUUUUCAAGGGCUGAAUGCAUACGUCAAGAUAAUACUCUGGAAUAUAAGGUCCUUGAUUACAACGAGUUUACGGGACAAGAAACUACGAUCAUCGGUCGUAAAGGGAAAGGCAUUUCACCUCCUCAGUUCAACUUGCCUGUGAGUGUAGCUGUAGAUUUCUUAGGAAAUCUCCAUGUUGCUGACCAUGGAAACGGACGGRUACACGUGAUCGACUCGUACGAGGGAGCAAUUGAACGGCAACCGCUUAAAAUUGGAGGGAAAUGUCGACCAUGCGCAGUAGCUGUUAAUUAUCGAGGAGAUCUGGUGAUGACUGACUCACAGAUCAUCAGAGUUUUCAACAAUAAAGGUGAGUUUCUUCGUCCAAUUCUUCCAGUYUACAGCAAGAACGACCGAAGACCUCACCUAUGUUCGGUUGCCACUGACUCCAAUGGCUCCAUUUACGCUGGUGACAGAGCCAAUCACCGAAUCCAGAAAUUCGCUGCAAACGGCAAAUUCUUGCAAUUCAUUGGUAGUCACGAAGAAAUCAACUACCCAAUAGGAAUAACUGUAACCAAACACGGUGACGUAAUAGUGUCAGAUUACGUCAAACAUCUGUUAAAAGUGUUCCCUCGAGAAGAAGCGUUAAGACCGAAGACAAUCGGUACUGAAGGUCUUGGCGCAUGUAAAUUUUCAUACCCGAGAGGAAUAGCACUAGACUCUCAGGAGAACAUUUUAGUCGCUGACAGUCAGAACCACCGUAUUCAAGUCAUUUCGCUUGAGGGCGAAUAUGUCGGGAGUUUUGGGAGAAUUGGUGAUGAGCCUGGGUGCUUGAACACACCUUACGAUGUCACUGUUGACAACAGUGGUAGUGUCAUCGUUGCUGAUGCUAAAAAUCAUCGAGUACAAGUUUUUGCAAGGCUUGUUCCAGUAUAUGCUAUGGAUGAUAACGAAAACAUCGAUAUUGGGGAAGAGAGAAAUGACAGUGUAAUGGAWUAUGUUGUACAAAAUGAAGAGGCAAACGAUGAAGAUUAUGACGCGUCUGGCUCUGAAGAAGAUACUAGUCAGCUGGGGACUGCGGAUUGCGAUAAUAAACAAACUACAGAGCUUGAAGAAAACAGCCAAACUGUYCAUGACCAUGGCCACGCUUUACACAAGAAUACUACAAAUGAUAAUAUAACAACGAACGAUAACAACCAGAAUAAGUCAAGUUAGAACCAAAUAUCUCGACAGCUAGAUCUAUUUUUAAUUCCUAAUCCACAUCACUAAAUUGGUUGCAUCGUGGGUAAUUAAAUCUGAUUUUUAAUUGCUGUUUCCUUUUUGGGUGGUUUUGUUCGUUUGUUUGUUUGUUUUUUUUUUUUGUGUCGCUAGGUAAUAUUUCAAAUUGAUAAAUACUCCAUGAGUAUUAAAUUGAAAUUCUGAAAUAUCAGCUAGCCUAGAGUUAUAUAUUAGUGUUGGCUGUCAAGACUUAGUUUUCGACUAUAUAUGUCAGUUUGGGACGCCAAUUACCAAAUAAUUAGCUGUAAUUUUACUGAAAUUAUAAAAUUAUUAUCGUUAAUCAGAGAAUAUCAAUUACAGCUGUAAAAGCUAAAGCAUGCUUCUCGGCUGAAUCGACGUAUACACAAUUAAUAGAAUACAAUAAAAGUACAGAAAAUAAUUGCUUAAAA